AUGUUGCUUAAUGUGCCUUUCUAUAAGCGUAAUUUUGAUCCUCCUCCUCCUUUAGGUGGUGACUUCAUUUCUAUCGGCCCAUUGGGGACACCUGCAACAGAUUCUCGGGUCCUUCUUUGCUCCACUCACACCUACUUCACCAAGACUUAUGCACUCAUAUGUCAAAUCUGCUUCAAGGAGCGUCACUUUACAUUGCAAAGUGCGAUCUUGAUUGUUUUCAUCCUGAAGCUUAAAACAACAAAAACCAUCAACAAAUUAAGGAAAGAGAAGGCCAAAAUUUUGAAGAUGUUGAAAAAGGAGAGGCACUUUGUGCUGGUCCAUGGAGCCAUUCAUGGUGCAUGGUGUUGGUACAAAGUGGCUAAUCAGCUGAAAUUAGCUGGUCAUAAUGUCACAACUCUAGACAUGGCUGCUUCUGGUAUUAAUCCAAAGCAAAUGCAAGAGAUUCAUUCAAUUUCAGAGUACCAUGAACCCUUGAUGAAAUCCAUUGCCUCUCUUCCUCCAAAUGAAAAGGUGAUUUUGGUGGGUCAUAGUCUUGGUGGGCUAUCUGUGUCUAUUGCUAUGGAAAAGUACCCUCAGAAAAUCUCUGUUGGAGUUUUUGUCACUGGGGUUGUUGUCUCUCAAAACUUCACUUACCUAGCUUUUCUUAAAGAGCAAAGUAGAAGAUUGGGCUCCAUUUUAAACAUUCAAUAUUUCAUAUUUAAUGGGACGUCCAACAAUCCUCCCAUCCUCUCAUCGCUUGGAAUCGAAUUCUUAACAUCCAGAUUGUACCAAUUAUCACCACCUGAGGAUUUGACGCUUGCUUUAUCUUUGGUGAGGCCUUUACCUCCCUUUGCAAAUGAUGUUAAACUAUUGGCAGAACAAACAGCUGUUACCAACAAGAACAAUGGAAGGGUAUCUAAAGUCUUCAUCAUCAGUGAAAAAGACAAUUUGGUAAAUGCGGAUUUUCAAAAGUGGAUAAUUGAGAAAACAGGUCCAUAUGCUGAGGUGAAAAUGGUAGAUUCAGAUCGUAUGGUGAUGUUCUCCAAUCCAAAAGACCUUAGCUCCGAAUUAUUAGAGAUUGCUUACAAAUAUUAA